AUGGCGGACUUACAGCAAGCUAAUCCGUUUGACAUCCUUGGAUUACUUCCUUUGAUGGAUACAACUUACGAUGUCAUCAGCUCAGGAAAGCGAUCGGCUUCGAGCUUUGCAAAGAAACUUGGAGAGCAAGUACUAUUUACGUUGAUCAAAAUAAACAAUACAGCCGACACUCUUUAUGAGCUUGUUAGAUGUCAAGGCCUCACAUAUCAUUUCUGUGAUAUGAGAGAGUCAUAUUCGUGGAGAAGCACCUGGAAUCCAAAAUCAAAAAAACCUACGCCAAUUCCAGAUUGGGCGGAAUCCUUGCGCAAUUUUAGAGAGAUACUUGACAAAUGCUGGUACAGAGGUAGUUAUGAAAUGGAACAUCAUCAAUGGGUGCUUCGAAAUAAGAUUAUCGAGCUUGAAACUAAUUGCCAGAAGUCUGCAUACCUGUUGAAAGAGAAAGAUCGAGAGAUUGAGAAACAAAUGAAGCUAUUUGCAACUACAGAGGAGGAAUUGCAACUCAGCAAGAAAGCGAAUAAAAACUUGGAUAUCCACCUUACUAUGUUUGAGCACAGACUGAAGACUUGGUCUCGAGCGGAAAGCGAUAUACAAGAUCAAAUCCAAACUUCGAUUAUCAAGAAGGAGCAGAUACAAACAAAACUCACAGCGUCCAAGGACUCGAGGAAGAUUCUACAAGAGAAGCUUGAGGGCGCGAAUAUCAAACUUGAAGCUAUUUAUCGGCGCUUAGAGAAUAUUAUCAAGGAACAAAUCGAUUCGAAGAAUCGUGUCUUACUGCUUCAACCAGUCGCAUCAGGAGUAACGGACAAUCGAGAAGAAAAACACCAACUGGUCACAUUCGGAGAUACGACCAACGUUGUUGACCUUACAAGUGAUAGAGAUGAAGAUAUUCGCAAUUCAGGUUCAUCUAAGAUUUCAGAGAGAUCAAAACCACAAUACAAUCCUCACGAUUAUUCCAUUGGUAGUAACAAAACUACCAAGAAAGUUUUAGACAGGAGGGUAACAAAAAGAUGGAGGUGUACAUCGCCAAAGAAUGGGAGAUGA